AUGGAUGCAGCCAAACCGGGGACCGUCGCCUACGCCCUGCGCGCGGCCCAGGUGCCGCCGGCCGUGGCGCGAGGCUACUCGGACGCGACCGGCAUCGUCCGGCUCCGAGCCUGGCAACGCGACGUCCUCGAGGGCCCCGACGGCGUCGCGGCCGGCGCGAACGCCGUCGUCACCGUCGACACGGCCGGCGGCAAGUCGUGCGUGGCCGAAGUCGCGCUCCUCCGGGGCGCCUUCCGGGGCGAGGGCGGGGUGGCGCUGUACGUGCUGCCGUUCCUCGCGCUCGUCGCCGAGAAGGCCCGGACGCUGCGCCGGGCGCUGCGCGACCACGACGAGCGGUGCGCGCGCGCCGACCGCUGCGCGGUCGUCGACUGCGGCGAGGGGCCGGACGCGCCGCGCGCGUCGCUCGCGAUGGCGAGGGCGAUCGUAUGCUGCACGCCCGAGGCCGCGCUGGGCCUGCUGGACCGCCAGGCCCUCGCGGCGGCGGACGCGCGCGCGCGGCGGCGGCGGCGCGGCGGCGCGGCGGACGACGCGGGCGGGUCGACGGGCCGCCUGCGGGCCGUCGCGGUCGACGAGCUCCACCUGGUCGGCGACGCGGACCGCGGCGCCGCGUACGAGAAGCUCCUGACGCGCCUGCGGCUCCGGGGGGGCGCGACGCAGCUGGUCGGCCUCUCGGCGACGCUCUCGAACGUCGAGGCCGUCGCGGCGUGGCUCGGGUGCCGGGCGACGGUCGCGCGCUGCCGGCCCGUCGCGCUGCGGCCGCGGUUCGUCACCGAAGCGACGGCGACGGACGCGACGCGGCGCGCGGUCGCGGAGGCGCGGGCGGCGCGCGAGAGCUGCCUCCUCUUCUGCUGGCGCCGCGAUGACACCGGGCGGCUCGCCGAGCAGAUCUGCGCCGCACCGCGCAGGAACGCGGAGCACGACCGCGCCGCGCGCCGCGCCGCGCGGCGCGCGCUGCCGCGCCGCGGCGACGCGCGGCUCCGGCGGCUGCUCGAGCGCGAGGACGGCGACGCGCUCUUCCACUCCGCCGCGCUCGCGCCCGAGGAGCGGGCCGCCGUCGAGGCGGCGGCGGCGGGCGGCGGCGCGCGCGUCGUCUGCUGCACGCAGACGCUCGCGGCCGGCGUGAACCUGCCCGCGGCCAAGGUCGUGGUGCUCUGCGGCGCGGACAAGUUCCCCACGGACGCCGUGCAGCUCGCGCAGAUGCUCGGGCGCGCGGGCCGCGGCGGCGCCGCGGGCGCGCGGCGAGGCGAGGCCGUCGUCGUGGCGCCGCGGCGGCGCGCGGCGUGGGCGCGCGGGCUGCUGGCGCAGGCGACGGCGCGGUCGACGCUGCCGCCCGUCCGGUCCGGCCUGGCGCGCGCCGCCGACGCCGCCGAGGCGCUCGCGCGGCUGCUGCUCGAGGCCGUGUGCGCGACCGAGGCCGACGGCGCCGCGUUCGACGCCGCCGAGGGCCCCCGCGCCGUCGCGCGCGCGACGCUGUUUCGGGCGCUCGCCGACGACCCGCGCGCCGCCGACGCGGCGUGCGGAGACGCGCUCGCUUCGCUGGAAGCGGCGCGCUGCGUCGACGUCGACGCGGCCGGGGCCGCGCGCACGACGGCGCUGGGCCGCGCGGUGCUCGCCGCCGGAGACGUGAGGCCGUUGGAGGCGGUGCUGCUCGAGGAGGCGCUGACGCGCGCGCGGUGCGCGCCGGCGUCGAGCGCCGCGGCCGCGCUCGUCCGCGCGGCGGUCUGCGCGCCGCUGCCCGGCCUCGACUACCACCUCGACGCGGCCCUCUUCAACACGAAGGUCUUCUGGGACUUUGUGGCGGCUCUGGUGGACGACGGCGGCCGCGACGCGGAGACCGCCGCGGCGCACCUCGGCCUCGACCUGGAACAGCUCGAGCGCGACGCGCACGCGGCGGCGCGCGCCGCCCCGCUGCCGACCGCGGUCGAAAUAUUGCGCGACGUGCGGCGGGGCCGCUGGGGGGCCACGCGCCGCGCGACGCGCCUCUUCGUCGCGCGGCGGCUCUGGCUCGGCGUGCUAGUGGAUGCGCUCCUGUCGCCGGCGGCGCCCGGGGCGGUCGCGACGGCGGCGCCCGUCUCGCUGGAGGAGCUGUCGCGGCGCACGAAGAUUCCCGAGCCGGCGCUGGAAAAGCUCGCGCGGCGGGCGCCCAUUUUCGCCGGCGCCGUCGCGCGCUUCUGCCGGCGCCUGAACUGGACCUGCGUCGCCGACGGCCUCGACGAGCGGGCGGGCGCGCUGCGGCGCGCGCUCCGCGCGUUCGAUAAGAAGCCGGCGUCGUGGCGCGCCGGGCUCCGCGGCCUGCGCAAGGCGUGCGGCGGCGACGCCCAGCUCGCGCGCGCGCUGCGGGACACGAACUACCGCGCGGCCGCGGACGUCGCCGACGCCGGCGUCGACGCGGUCGAGCGCGUGCUCGCGGACGCGGCGCCGUGGCGCCUCGCCGGCGUCGACGCCGUCGACGGACCUGCGCGCCGCCGCCACGACGCGUCCUGGUCGCAGACGCCGUUCCUGGUCUCGUUGCUGUCCGCCACGAGGACGACGGGCGCCGAGGCCGCCGCCGCCGCCGCCGCGCGGCGCGGAGCCGUCGCCGCCGGCGUCGUGGCCGCCGCCGCCGCGGCGCGGACCGGUCCGGCGCGCGCGGCGCCGCGGCGCCGGGCCGAGGCCGCCGAGUCCGACGACUCGGACGGCUCCGCGGCGCCGAGUUUCGACGCGUCCUCGUCGGACUCGGACUCGGACUCGGACGACGACACCGCGGACGCCGCGGACUCCGACGGCGCCGCGGACGCCGCCGCCGACGGGCGCGCGCGCAAGCGGCGGCGCGGGAGCGGGCACACGGCCGGGCUCGAGACGUACGCGUCGUCGCGAGACGUGUCGCCGCGGUCGCGGCGGUCCGAGGCGUCGUCGGGCGUACAAGUCAGGGACGCGUCGCCGCGCGUGCUGGCCUCGGACGCGCGGCGGCGGACGCGCGCGCUCGACGCGCGGGAGAGCGCCGCGCUCGCUUCGACGGACGCGCCGUUCGUCGGCGUUGCCCUGGAUACGGCGCCGCCGCCGCCGGGGGCGUCGGGCACCCGCCGGCGCGCGUGGGCCAAGUUCCUGGACCCCCGCACUUCGAGGGUCUUGGUCGGCUACGGCCUCGCGCGCGGGCCCGGCGAGGCGAGGUAUUAUUCUUCGCCACCGGUCCCGCCGCCCUGGCCGUUCGAGCGCGAGCUGCGCCGCAGGAACGACGGGACCGCGCAAGGCUGGGCGCGGCUCCCCGAGGCGGCCGUCUGCCGCGUCGUCGGCUGGCUGGGCUUCCGCCAGUACGCGCCGCGCCUCGGCGCGGCGCGCGACGGCCGCGCGGCCGGCGCGGCGGCGCGGCUCGCGUGCCGGGCCUGGCACGCGCGCGGCCGGCGCGCGCUCCGGGCGUGCGAGCGCCUCGCGGGCGGCCGCGUCGCUUUGGCGGCGACCGUCGCCGCCGCGCCCGACCGGGGGGGCGCGUACGCCCUCGCGUGCGGCGACGCCGUCGCCGUCGCGACGGCGCUCCGCUCGAACGGCACGCCGGCUGGCAGGCCGCUCUUCGACGUGCCCGCCGCGAAGGCGGUCGCCGCGCGGGCGGGCGGCGGCGCGGCCGCCGCCGCCGACGACGCCGCCGACGCUGCCGACGCCGCUCGCGACGGCGAGGACGCGCCGCGGCGGCGCGACCGCGCCGUGGCGCGCGCGGCGGCGCUGGCCCGGGACGCGCGGACGUGCCGCGACGCGCUCGCGGCGCCCGCGUGCGGCCGCGCGCUGGCCGCGCUCCUCGCGACGGACGUCGCGUGCGUUCCGGCGAUCGCCGAGAUGAACCACUCGGGCGUGGACGUCGACGCGCCGCGGCUGCGCGCGUGGGUCGACGACCUGCGGCAGUUCGUCGACGACUGCCGCCGCGUCGCCGCGGAGGCGCACGGCAUCGAAAACCUGGGGGCGCACGGGAAGGUGAACGCGCUGUGCGACGUGCCCGCGAAGGCAGCCUCGACGGCCGCCGCGCGCGGGCUCGCGGCCCAGGCGCAGCGGGGCGGCCGCGCCGGCGAGCGCGCGACGGUCGUGCUCGCGCACCGCCGCGCCCGCGCGCUGCUCGCCCGCCUGUCGGGCCUGCAGCGCGCGCUCGCGCCGCACCCCACGCUCGAGGCGUCGACGACCUGCGCGCGCGCGUGCUUUUCGCUCUCGCGCGAGACGAAGCGCGGCCGGGAGCCGACCGCGACCGGGCGCCUCGUGUGCUCGGCCCCCAACUUCCAGAACUUCGACGCGGCGGGCGUGGCGAUCACGCGGUUCGCGCGGCCGAGCCUGCACGAGGACCCCGAGGACGCGCUUCCCGGGAUUGAGGUGCUCUGCGUCGACGCGACGGUGCGGCCGGGCGACCCGCCGCGGCUCCGGCGCGGCGCGCUCGUCGAACUGAGCGGCGCGGCGAUCGACGCGCGCCGCCUCGCCGACGGCGCUUCGAUCGCCGACUACUGGCGCGACGCGGCGCGCCGGGGCGCGACGUGGGCGUACUCCGCGCGGCGCGCGGCGACCGUGCGCGCGGCCGUCGUGCGGAUCCGUCGGCGCGAGCUGACGUACCCCGCGGACCGCGUCUACCGGCUGGACCGCGGGCCGCGCCUCCGCCCGCCGGGCUUCGCCUGGCCCGAAGACGGCCGCGUCCGCGAGACGGAGCGCGCCGCGCGCUACUCGCCGUUCGACCACGCGAUUUGCGUCGAGCCGCGCCGGCUGAUUAUCGCGCGGCGCGGCGCGGUGUUCCUGAGUGCGGACCUCAAGCAGUGCGAGCUCCGCGUCGCGGCGCACCUGUCGGGCGACGCGCGGCUGCGACGGUGCUUCGAGGAGCGGGGGGACGAUCCGUUCGUGGAACUCGUGGAGAGGUGCGCGGUUGUGAAAGACCGCGCGGCGGCGAAGCAGCUCGUCUACGCGGUGCUGUUCGGCCAGAGCACGCGCAAGGCCGCGCGAGCGCUGGACGUCGACGCGCGCGCCGCCGUCGACGCCGUCCAGCGGGUCCGGGCGCUCUUCCCCGCCCUAGACGCGUAUCGGGCCACGGUGACCGCGGCGUGCCGCGAGCACGGGUUCGUGGAGACGGUGCUGGGCCGGCGGCGCCGGCUCCCGGACAUCCACUCGACCGAUCCCAAGCGGCGGCGCAAGGCCGAGCGCCAGGCCCUCAACGCGGUCGUCCAGGGCUCCGCCGCCGACCUCGUCAAGCGCGCGAUGGCCUCGAUGGUCGCGAGCUUUGGGGCCAAGUACGACGCGCGCCGGCGGCCGCGGCUCGUGCUCCAGCUCCACGACGAGCUGGUCUUCGAGGUCCCGACGCAGGACCUCGCCACCUGCGCGCUCGACGUGUCGUCCGCGCUCGAGGCCGCGACGGCGCUGGAGGGCGUGCCCGCGGAGGUCCGACUCCGGGCCGGCCCGUCGUGGGCGUCGCUCGCGCCGUACGACCCGCAUUCGGCGGCGCCCGCAAUGGGUUCUAUUCCUCCUGUGUAA